GCUUUGGAAGAUUGAAUUUGUUCAUAAACAGGGUUUACAGAAAAGAAAAAAAAAAAGAAGAAAAAAAAAACUAGGGUUUAGGAGCAGGAAAACAGAGAGAUGACAAUGUACAUUUUUUGAAGUGAUUAAUUUUUCUCGAUGGCCGCAAAUGUACUGCUGAAAGACGAAUCCGUGGAUUUCUGCUGUGCGGUGUGGAAAGAGAAAUGCUCAAGAUUGAAUGAGCAACGUAAAGCUCUUAGGCAAGCUGUGAGCAUUUAUGAGCAACAACUUGAAAAAUCUGAAGAUGAGAAUCGCAAUCUGAAGAAAGUGACAGAAGAAGAAAGACUUCUUGCAGAAAUUUUAACAGAUGAGAAAGCAAAAGAAUCGGCUAUUCGAGUUUCUGUGGAGAAUGGGAUUUCUGCUCUGAAGUCUGAGAUUCUUUUAUUGCAGCAAAAAGCCGGCCCACAAGGUCAAGAUAUGGAAAGGGAAAUAAUGCUUCUUCAAACGCGUGUUUCAGAAGGGGAAACAGAAAUAAAUCAACUCAAGGAGGUUCUUGCGAAAGAGAGAACGAGGGCAGAUUCUGAGAGGAAGAAAGCUGAGGCAGCGAAGAAGAAAGCCAAUGAAGCACAGAAAAGUGUAAAGGAAGAGAAAAGUAGGGCUGAUGAGGAAAAGAGAUUUGCCAAUAUCGAAAGAGAAAAGGCUGAGGAAAACAGACUUCGGUCGGAGACAUUAAAUGGUGAAGCCGAUGAAAUGAGAUCAAAAUUGGUUCUGGAGACACGUAAGUCUGAAGAGGCAAGGAAGAAGCUUGAGGUAGAAAGACAAAAGACAAUGAAAGAGAAAAAAUGUGCAGAUUUGGAGAUGGCCAAGGCAGAAGAGCAAAGGAAGCUUGCAGAAAUGAAUAGGAAGAUGGAAAUGGAUGAAAAAUGUCAUGCUGAUAAGUUGUCUCAGCAGUUGGAAGAGCAUAAACGAGAGAUUGAGAAACUACAGAAGGAGAUUUAUGAACUUGUAUCCUCAAGAAAAUUGGUUGAAGCUGCUGCUUGCUUACCUGAUAAACAGACGAGUGUUGAUACUGAAAAGGCUAGCAAAAUGCUUGGGAAAGAAAAGCAGAUUGCAACUAGAGAGAAAAAACAUGAGGGUUCAGAGAUGAGCAACGCAGAAAAGCAGAGAAAGGUUGCAGAGGAGUAUAGAAAGAAGGCCAUGGAAGAAAAGCAUCGUGCUGAUCAGUUAGCUCUACAGUUAGAAGAUAAUGAAAGAAGGAUAAAGGAACUGCAGAAGGAGAUAUUUGAAUUUCAGUCUUCUAAAACAUUGGCUGAGGCUCCUGUCGAACCACCUGAUAGAAUUGUGAACGCUGAAACUGCUAAAAGGAAGCUGCUGAAAAAGCAAUUGAGGUUUGAAAAGAUGCUAGUAAAGUAUGGCAAACAAGUGGCGAAACUGGAAAUGGGUUGUAAUAAUAUUCUACGACAAGAACUGAGCUGCUUAAAGCAGGAAUUAGUUCAAUUUUCACUUCGUCUGGAGAUACUAGAUAAGAGCUGCUUGCACAGUGAUGAAGGUAUAGAUGAUCUGGCAAAGAGCAUACAGGUUUCUGAUGUUUGUUAUUACAAUCUAUACUGGUUGAUUUUUACUCAGAAGCAAGUUUUGCUACUGGCAGCCUCUCUAAUACGCAAAGCUUAAAUUUGAAGAAAUCUUUUGCUGUAGAACCAUGUCAGAUGAAACAUUGCUUUGAAAAUGAGAUUGUAAAGUCUAGUUGCAGAAAAGUAGAUGCCUCUGUCAAGGAAACC